AUUUUAUUUUAUUUUCAAAAAUUUGUAACAUUUCUUCCCCAAUAAAUCGAAAACCUUGAACCCGAUCUCUUAGGAAGAUCUAUCUUUCUUCUUCGUGAAAACCCAUCGGCAGAACCUGCAUGUCAAUUUGCUCUCUGAAACUGGAGGAUGCUCAAGGAAUUGGUUUCUGCCUAGUGUGUGUCCUUUGAGUUGAGCAACUUUUGUGAAAAUGGGAACCCCUUACCGCAGUGGGGCUUUCAAAAGAUCAAAUGAUAGUACUAGACUUGUUAUAACCACUAUCAUGGGAAUGGUGUUUGGAUACUUUGUUGGGAUUUCUUUUCCAUCUGUUUCUCUAACUAAGAUUAAUUUACCUUCAAGCCUAAUAUCAACUCUCGAUUAUGCCUUCAAUGAUGAUCAUAGACGUGCUAUAGAGCGUACUUUCCCGGAGAAUCUUGGUUCUGGUAGUACUCCUUUAACACCAAAGAUAUAUGUCCCAUCAAAUCCUCGCGGCGCGGAGUCAUUGCCACCAGGGAUUGUGGUCUCAGAAUCAGAUUUUUAUUUGCGAAGGUUGUGGGGUGAACCAAGUGAGGAUCUGACAAAAAAGCCCAAGUACUUGGUUACAUUUACGGUUGGUUUGGAUCAGAAGUACAACAUUGACGCAGCGGUUAAAAAGUUUUCAGAGGAUUUCCAAAUUUUGCUUUUCCAUUAUGAUGGUCGAACAACCGAGUGGGAUCAAUUUGAAUGGUCCAAGCGUGCAGUUCACAUCAGUGUUAAGAAGCAGACAAAAUGGUGGUAUGCAAAGAGGUUUCUCCAUCCAGAUGUUGUAGCUGCCUAUGAUUACAUAUUUAUAUGGGAUGAAGAUCUUGGAGUUGAGCACUUCAAUGCAGAGAAAUAUAUGCAACUAGUUAAGAAACAUGGUCUAGACAUCUCUCAGCCUGGUCUUGAACCCAACAAUGGACUCACAUGGCAGAUGACUAAGAGGAGGGGUGACAGAGAAGUUCACAAGGAUACAGAAGAGAAACCAGGCUGGUGCAGUGAUCCACAUUUGCCUCCUUGUGCAGCUUUUGUGGAAAUAAUGGCUCCUGUAUUCUCUCGAGAAGCUUGGCGAUGUGUUUGGCAUUUGAUUCAGAAUGAUUUGGUGCAUGGAUGGGGAUUGGAUUUUGCACUAAGAAGAUGUGUAGAGCCUGCUCAUGAAAAAAUUGGUGUGGUAGAUUCACAGUGGAUUGUGCAUCAAGUUAUUCCUUCUCUUGGGAAUCAGGGUCAGCCUGAGAAUGGCAAAGCUCCGUGGGAAGGGGUAAGAGAGAGAUGUAGAAACGAAUGGGCAAUGUUCCAAGAUCGUUUAUCGAAUGCAGAUAAAGCGUAUUUUGCCCAGCAUGGAAAAACUCGAGUAUAACACUCUCCAAAACGUCUUGUACAUUGCUUCUUUCGCUUAUUUUCUCUCCUUUUUUUUUCGGUUUCUAGGUGGUGUUGCCUAUUCUUUUUUCUGAGUAUCUGUUCUUUUUAUGAUCUUUUCAUUUCAAUAUUAGUGUAGUGAAAUUCUAUGUAGCUAGUGAAUGCUAAAACCAUUAGAUAUUGGAAGUUUUCUGGUGCAUAUAGAUGAUACACAAGGUUUAUAGUCAA